AUGGCUACGCGAGGCAUUCUUCUUUCCAUUUUCAAUCAUGUCGUGCUCCCUCCUGAGCUUCCUGGUAAAGAGGAUGCACAAAGUGAUGCCGUCGAGAAGGAGUUAAUCUGCCGUUUGAUGGCUGCAGUGACAAUUAUGAGAACCAACUCCGAAGGCGAUCUGCUUUCCACUUGGCAGAUGAUCGAAAACACAUUGAAAGCAUCGUCUCUUUCGAAUGAGAAUGGGAUUUGCAACAAAGCAGUGCUUAUGAGGGUGCUAAAAGAGAUUUCUUCAGAGAACGCUCUUAUUCUUCGCGUUCGAGAGCAGAAUGCAGGCCUUCUCAUCCGCCGAGCGAGCGGUGACGAAGCAACUAUCAUUUUCGAAGCGUUUGAGACGUCUCCCUCUGCUGAUCAGACUCUAGCCGCCAAAGGCGCUCUACAAUGGGAUUUCCCUGGGGUUGCGGUUUCCAUUCCCGUCGCCGUCUUCGAGGACCGGGCCUUCCAAGAAAGCCUGGCAGCGUUCAUAGAGAAAGCCAGUGUCGAGUACUUGGAUUUGUUUGUUACUAAGGUACGAAAAGCUGGGGUGGAGGUGUCUGAGACUCGUGAUACUUCAGAUCCAUCCAUCAUUACGCAGUUUUUGAUCACUCUACUGGAAGCAAACGGCGAACGUCUUUGUUUGCCAGUAUUGCGAAAGCGUGUCAAUGACGAUGUCUGCUGGGACACGGCUAAGACUCCUUGGCGCCGGAGUCCUUUCUGGCUUGUUCUAAGAGUGUCUGUCCAACGAUUGCUAUACCUACACCUUGGUAGCGCGGCAGGACGCAUACAAUACAAGGCUUUGAUGUGCUUAUUCUUGGCGGAUUUGCUCAAUGAUAGUGUGAGCGGGCUGAGCUCAGAAAAGUACCAUCUAUUGAAGGUUAAACUAUGCCGACGCCUCGCAAAACUUGACUCCGAAAAGGGAUACCUGAGCGGUACACCUCGACCUGCCCAGGCGUACAAGCAUGUUCUCGGGGUGAUUGAACCUCAUUGCACCAAAUCGAUUGAUCUUGCUACCAUGGACGAAGAGAGGGAAUGGAAGACCUGGAAACAAGACUUUCAACGCCGGAUCCCAAAGCUGCCUCCAUCUGCUUCUCCGGACGACACUAAGCUGACCCUUCCGAAUAGCAUCGGGUACUUCAGGGAGAUCCUAAAACCUCGCCAACCCGAAAACGCGCCGGCAAAAGGUAUAGAUCCAAAUGAUCUCAGAGAAAUUGCGGUGAAAAGCACCAGUGAGCAGUUCUCAGACUUGAUCAAAACUUAUUCAUCGCUUGCAGCUCGAGAGGCGGCCAUAGGGUCAAUGCCCUCUGACAUUCCAUCCGCGAUCGAGGGUUGUAAGGCUGAAUGCAUCGAACUCGCGAAUACAAUCACAGACUAUCUUAGUGCUGUUGGAACCAAAUACGACGGCAAUUCUGAGCAGAUGAGCAUGUUCAUUAUGAACGUAUUCACCAUGUGGGAGAAAAUGGACAGAUGCGCUUUGGCAGCUUACCCCCUGCUCAAGGACUACCAUCCAUGGUUUGAACCAGAAAUCCUUGACGUCUUACUACUAGAGCGCUGGAAACAUAUGAAGCGUGUGCAUAUGAUACAGUCCCAUAUCCAGUCUCGCUGCAUGCAGGCUAAGCGAGGUAAAAUGACAAUCUUCGCAAAUCCAGCACCGGGGUGCUUUGCUGAGACGUAUUUUGAAACUGCUGAUGCCGUCGACCUCCAAACACUGCAGCUACGAAUUUUAACCGACUCAGAGCGCGCGAAUAAGAAGAAGAUAUCUGAAUUACGGUCGAUCAAUGACGAAUUUGAUAGUCUGACUGAGCAGCUUAGACUAACAUCUUGUACGCUAUUGAGGAACCCUGACGGGACCCAUGACAUUCGCGGGUGUAAACAUUGUUACUAUAUGCGGUCUCGACGGCGUCUUGAGGUCCAUGUCCAUGAAGACUUCCUUCCGGUCGAGCACAGAAGUCUCGCCCAGCAGAAGGCCGUUGUCUUCGAGCUACAAACACCAAGGGCCUUUUCUGCGUAUCGUCAGGCCACCUGGGAUAUAGUGAACGCGUUAUGUCCUAGGCCCGAAACUCCGAGCAAGGACAGACCAGAAGUGUUGCUUGCUCAGUACUCUCAACUCAAAUCCUACAAUUGUAAUCCAGAUUCCACAAGCUUCUGUCUCGCGUCACACACCAAAUCAUUUCUAGGAACACAUUACAGUUACCGCAGGCUUCCUGUUUCUGCCACUGAUGUCGUACUUCCGCACGGCCUGAGAUACUCGUACUACGAUUCAGAGCGCCAUCUGUGGUCCAGCGACUACCCAGUGCAGCUUACCCUCGCCAAUCAUUUUGCUUUCAGUAUCCCUAAGGAGUUUCCUUUCUCAGCACUCUACUCUUCCUCUAUAUUUGCUGCUGACGGAGAUGGGCCCUCCUCUUACGAAGUUGCGGCAAGUAUCGGACAGUGCCCGUCGGAGCUAACUGUUCAUGAAUACAUGGCCCACCAAGGUCUGAUGGGCGGAAGAAACAGACGAUGGCUGUCUAUUCUGGCCGAACUUGGGUCUUCCAAUAUUAACUUUAGUUUACAAGAUACCAUGGUUCUUUUCCAUCACCUUGCAUUACAGGCGGGCCCGAGGCUAGAGCAUGACAGCAUGCGAGCCGUCCACGUUAUGUUGAGGGAUCGUGCAUUUUGCAAAAUAUUGGCAGAACAGAUUUGUCGGCAUGUUGAAUCGAUAGCCACGAAUUGGCGCGAGACGAGCUACAUGGAGACUUUAUUGACACUGUCUCUUCGACUGUUUUUGAUCGGCCAUUUAGAGUCUCGUAUUGACUCAAAGAAACUCGUCUUGAGGAUUCGGCAAAUAACUCUGAAUUGGGUCACCCUGCUACGAAGUGAAACACGACAAGCCGAGGAUGUGACCCAGUCGGAUAGGGCUGCGAGAUACUGCUUUCUUUCAGCGCUUCUAUGUCGCAGGACCUUCUUCCCUUGGCUUACUAGCCAGACAGCCCUUGACUUGGAAAGCAUGAAAUGUUUUUUCGAGGCAUCUUUGGCCAUGCAAGAGAGCUUGGUUGUAGACUUGAGCAAAUUCAGCACGAUAACACGUAACAUGCUUAUUCGCGAUAUCAAGAUGGUGGCUCGUAUGUCAUUGCUGCUGCGCACAGGCGCUAUGAAAUACCCCAUGAGCAUCGGGGCCGCUAUUGACGCUGCCUGGCCUGGAGCGGACAGCAAAGAGAGGACUUAUAACUCAUGGAGGCUGCUACUUCCCCCGCAUGAGGACUGGGCCAUGUCAACAAUUAUUCCCUCAGAGGGAAGUCGACCGCAAACUCUAUAUUUCCAUCUUCUUGAGGGUCACUUUGUUGUUGAUGGGAAGACUAUUGGGAAGCUUCCCGCUGAUAUCCGCGAUUCGCAUAUCUUGAAGGAACUUUUUGGCAAUCAGCGCCUGUUUGCUCUCCCGUCCAACCUUCCGGGCAUGGACCAUGUCCUCCUGAACCGCGCAGACGAACACCAGAUCCAUCUGGGUUACAGGGCGGGGAAACUUAUUAUACAGGCUCGUGCGUUUAGAACUGUGUUAGAGCUCGUACCGCGGGAGGCAUUCGGAAAUGGCCCCGCCUUUGACCUUCCAUACUCUCUCAUUUCUGAUUGCAUGCACUGGGCCGACCUGGGUACCGGGAGAAUUGAAAUCAGGCCUAAGCCACGUAUUUGGAAGAGAAAGGAUGGCAACUGGAGUAUCGAUAUCCGAGCUCGAAAAGCCCACCGAACGAACGCACAACGAUAUGUGCUGACCUUGAUUGACCCGUUCUCACAACUUGCACAAACAAUCUCUCAGAUUUUCCUUCACUUCGAACAUCCUGCCCGUCUUACCAUUCAGCAGCGUUCCAAUGGCAUCUCCGUCGAUCUGAAGCGAAUGGACUUGACUUUCUUUGUUACAAGAGAGGGUCAGCUCAAAUGCCAGCAGCUUGGAGCCACUGUUGAUCGCAAUCAAGACCCAGGAACAUUUUAUGGCCUGCAGAGUAUGCUCGUCUUGAAGGAUGUCAAUGACUGGUCUCAGCGCAGCAUUAUUAUCCCUCUCGGAAAAGCCCGUUAUCGGCGCCAUCGCAGCCAUGUGCUCCUUGAAAUCGAACACACAGGCAACUACAUGAGAUACACCAUCAACACUGUGCUUCAACGUCUCGAGUGUCCCGCUGACCCGCAACUUCUAUAUUCAAAGGCUUACUUGCACGCGCUCACAUCUCACUUAUUGCCAGAUCCCCUGACAGGCCGAACUGGCACUCAAGAAGCUCUUGCCUGUUUACAGUCGGGAUACUGCCAACCAUGGCAACCUCUUAGGCCCGAUCCCCUUAGCAUUUUAGUGUCGAUUGCUAAACUUACGCCACUCCGAAAAUUUUACCCCAAGGACAAGCGGUGCCAGCAGGUCGUAUCAUGGGACUCACAUUUGACAGCGAACAUCCAACACGAAGGGUUUCGAGUUGCUGUUGAGGCCAUUGUUAAGUCGUCUCGCAGACUGAGUCAGUUUAGUGGAGAUGUACCAAAUUCCACACUGCCUGAGAUACCGAAAAAUACUGUUCGUCUCUGCGAAAGGGCACAGUGGCGACGAUCACUAUUCGAGUCUUCUGACACUUUAUCCGAGAAGCCUGUUCAGCCUAAGGAUACCCCAUAUGCUUCACGGGAUGGUUGGGCUGCGUCUCAAAAGGUGCAUAACUUGCGUGAGAUUCUGGCACUACUCCGCAAACAACCGGCUUCCAUACACACUGCGCGUGAUAUUGUCGGCCUUCUCGAAAAGUGGGAAUUAAUCGGCGGCUACAUGAACACAUCUACUCUUCAUGACAUCGGAAACUGCUUGAAUGCCGACCUGGCUGGGGAAUGGGGUGGCCUGAUUAAUCUGUGUCGAGAGUCGAAAAUUGAAGAGGUGUACAGCCUUAUGUUCCAGCUAGGCAUAAUAGCAUUCGGAGAACGGGUUAAUAUGACGGCUCUACGGAUCAUUGUAUCCUUCUUCCUCAUUCGCGAGCUUAAAAGCUUGGAGCUACCGCAAUACCCAUCUUUCGUGGGCUUCCGCGUUGGCGAGUUGCCUACCACCGAUAACCUGCUACCUAUCAUUAGGAUAUCAUACCAGCCACAAAGACCGUCGAAGGUUCCGAAAAAGCGCAAAGGUAGUGUUCCCAAUGAGAACACAAAGUUCGGGUACGACGUUAAUUGCGAGAAAGAAGGUGUAGCAUUGGCAGAGUUGUUGGCCCUACAAUGGCCUUGUCCAGAACCGUCUGUUGAAGGGUUCGAGCCAACCAAUAUGGACCUUCACGAGGCCAUGAAAGCCAUACUACCAGAGUGGCAACGUAUGUACCGGAAUGCCCAGCUACAGAACCAUCUUUUCAAGGUACAGGCAAUUUUGAAUCACCAUUUCGCAGUCGCAAAUGAUGUGCCUGUACCACCGGCUUCUUCCAACCGUUCCCAAAAGGACAUACUAGGUACCCGGGCAAAACCCCAUUUCUCCUAUCCACGGUUAGGAGAGGAUCUCUUAGGGAAAGAGGCACUCGCCUUCGCCAACCAUUCAGGUACUCUCGGGGAAGAUGUCAUUGCGCCGAAUGUUGGAGCACUGCCUGUUACUAGUGAUUCUAAGUCCGAGAUGCCGCAAGCCCCGACCCGCGAAAUCGUUGAGCUCGAGAGAAUCGUAUCUAGGUUUGGCCGAUCUGACUGUUCAGUGAGGACUAGAUAUUCCCAGGAUUUACAACAAAGCAUCACAGCACUCAAGUCAGUCAAGCAAGAGCCAGAUUACAGUCACAAUCCUCAACUCAAGACGACCAAGGAAAGAAUCAAGCUUGAUGGUGAUGUUAAGGCAGCCCGCGAAAAUGUCGACAUGUGCCAUCGUUUUAUCGUUAAAUCUCUGUCUGUGCACGAUACAAGGUUUAUGUGGUUGUCCAAAGGUGGUCUUUGGCCCCGUUUAACCCCGACCACAAUACUGCAACAGUUGCGGUCAAUAUCACGACAUGAUCUCGGUCCAGGAAUGAGUGAAAUGCUUAUAUCAUACGCUCUAAGAAUUACCGAGUUGCAGAAGAUCUUAAGGUUGAGAGAAGCUACCGUGAAACGAGAUGAGACGAAGUUGCAUCAAGAGCGUAUGGAUCCGGGCCACGUCAACUGGGACCCAAGCGACUUCCCCGACUGGGUAUUACUGGAGAUUGAUGCGAAUAUCCGAAUAAGGCAAGACCAAGUCACCGUCGCGUUUGAGAUGAUCUCUCCAACGUCUGGUUCGAAUUCUGUCCUCCAAAUGAACAUGGGACAGGGAAAAACUUCCGUGAUUAUGCCCAUGGUAGCAGCGGUUUUGGCCAAUGGACAAAUGCUUAACAGGCUCCUAGUACCCAAGGCGCUGUUAACACAGGCCGCGCUAAUUUUACAGUCACGUCUUGGAGGGUUCCUAGGACGCCAGCUCAUUCAUAUCCCAUUUUCCCGCCGAACCCAGACCCCGGUGUCCCUUAUUGAAGAUUAUCGUGGACUGCAUUCGGAGAUGUUGGAAAUCGCAGGCGUAAUACUAGGGAUCCCCGAACACAUACUGUCAUUUAAACUUAGUGGGCUGCAACGGCUUGCUGACUUGAAACUGACUGAGGCGGUCCAGAUGGUCGAAACUCAGAAAUGGCUAGACGAAAUCAGUCGCGAUGUUCUUGACGAAUGUGACUUCACAUUAGCUGUGAAGACACAGCUGAUAUACCCCGGCGGCUCGCAGCAUAUAGUUGACGGACAUCCUGAUAGGUGGGAGGUUGCGAUGGCUGUUCUUGGUCUCGUUGAGCACCACCUCAAAGAUCUGGCUCGAGAAUAUCCCAGGAGUAUUGAUAUACUUGAACGCAAUUCCACAGGAUUUCCCGUCACCCAUUUACUUCGAAAGGAUGUCGAAGAAGCUCUGGUGCGCAAAAUCGCCCAGGAUAUCUGCGAGAAACGGACAUCGUUGUUGCCACUAGGGGAGUGCAACGAAAAGGCCAAGGAGGCAAUCAGAGUCUUUAUUACCCAAGAAAAGGUCGAAAAGUCCGUCACUACGCGUGUCUCAAAGCUCUUCCCUGAUACCCCCAAAGCGCGCAAGGUUGUAUAUUUACUGCGAGGGCUAUUAGUACACGGGAUAUUGAUUUUGUGUUUGAAAAAAAGGUGGAACGUUCAAUAUGGGUUGCACCAUGGUCGAGAUCCCAUUGCCGUUCCAUUCCAUGCGAAGGGGGUUCCAUCGGAUCAGGCUGAAUGGGGUCAUCCUGAUGUUGCCCUUUUGUUUACCUGCCUCGCGUUUUACUAUGAAGGCUUGAGCCAACAGCAGCUGAAGAUAAGUCUGGAGGCGGUCUUGAAGUCGGACCAUCCUGCCACGGAGUACGAUAGAUGGAUCCAAAACUCAACUACACUGCCCGAAGGUCUACGGCAUUGGAACGCUAUAACUGUAGAUGAUGCCGGCUUGGUUGCCGAGAUAUGGCGACACCUACGCUUCACACCCGUUGUCAUCAACCAUUUCCUCGGUAAUUUCGUCUUCCCUCUACACGCCAAGCAGUUUGCAACCAAACUCCAGGCUUCUGGCUGGGAUGUUCUUUUGAACCCUCAAAAUAAUGACGCCGACUGGAUCCACGCAGGGGUCACAACAGGGUUCAGUGGCACAAACGAUAACCGCGCGUUGCUUCCACUUACCAUUGAACAGUGCGACUUGCCGGGCCUGUCUCACACGAAUGCUGAAGUACUCACGUACCUACUGCAGACAAGGAAUCGACGAUAUCGUGUCGCAACUAAUGUGAAUGGAAAACGUUUGGCAGAAACAGAACUGCUGGACUACCUUCACAAACAAAAUAUUCGUGUUCUCAUUGACGCCGGUGCUUUUAUCAUGGAGAUGAAUAAUAUGGCAGUUGCGCGCGCUUGGAUACAAACAGAUUUUUCCGCCAAGGGGGCAGUUUAUUUUGAUGAAGACAACAAGCCCUGGGUCAUGUACCGGAACUUCAAAAGGGUUCCACUUUUCGCAAGUCCAUUUGCAGAUGACAUGCGCGGAUGUGUAGUAUAUAUUGAUGAAAGUCACACAAGGGGAACGGACCUGAAACUGCCCCCAGAGGCUGUUGGAGCUCUUACUCUUGGCCUGGCUGCAAUGAGACUGCGUCAGCUCGGAACGACACAGUCAGUAACUUUCAUAGCGCCACCCGAAGUACAGCAAAGCAUUCUGGACGUGUGCAACAAAACUUCCUGGGACAAAUUGGAUUCCUCGGACGUCGUUGCGUGGCUCCUCGACCAAACGUGCGCGACCAACAAGGAAUUACAACCUUUGUACUUUGCACAAGGGAAGGACUAUUGCCAACGAAUGCGAGCUGCUGCAGCACACAGGAAAUUCCUCUCGAAUUUGGAUCACAGAAAGGCUUAUCUCGAGGUUUUACAACAGCCCGAACAACAAACGCUGGAGCAGCUGUACGAGCCGACGUAUAAUGAAGUCAUCGCUUCCUCUCCAGAAUCUAUUGCCUUGGCCGCCUGUGGAGGGCGAGUAGAGCGGCUAAUGAAGGCGCUUCAACAACGGCGACAAGAGUCUCAAGCUUUUGAGUCAGUCAUUGGUUCGGCUCUAGAAGAGGUUGAGCAGGAACGCGAGGUGGCGUAUGAGAUUGAAGAGGAGAGAGAGAUCCAACGUCCCCGUCGCCCCAAGGCUCACAAAUUCCCAGGCCUGCAUGAAUCAGUGCUAAGCUUCGCUAAAGGGAGCCUCCUGGAAUCGUCUAGUAUAUUGACGGCAUCGGAAAUGUUGGAGACCACACAUAUUGGCGAGAAAUAUAAGAUCGACGGCUCCUCAUUGGUUCCUCAUAUCUAUGUGUCCGAGGAGUUCACCAAGACGAUCAAACAAAAAAAGUACACCGUGGACGGUACUUAUACUCGUCUGGUUAACUGGAUACUGUACAACAGCGUCACAGAAACUGCACUGGUUAUUAUUCCCGAGGAGGCCGAGAUUCUGAUACCAGUUAUGCGCGCCUCCAUUCCGUUGAACACCCACCUUAUCCUCUACGCAGCGCCAUGGACCAAAUCGAUGCUCCAUUUUGAUACGCUUUUGUACUAUUCUGUUCCAGAACUUCCUGACGGAUGGGCGCCUCCGUCCUGGCUUCCAUUCGAGCUUGGCGUCCUCGCUGGGAGGCUCUAUUUCCGGUUUUCAGAGUAUGAAAGCUUACUUAGUCGGCUCUAUUCGCUUUCCGGAGACCCAAGUGAAGAGCAAGAAUCGUCAAGUCUUUGGGCCGUCGCCAAGAACCGUCUGAACUUCUUGCAAGAAUGGUUGGCAGUCCGUCGCCAGGGACAGGAUAUCACUGAUACUCCGAUGGGCUAUAUCUGUCAAGACUGGCCACUACGCAGUGACCAUCCCUUCUUCUCGACGAAAGCGCCCAGACCAGACGGGGUUAACGCACCUGGACUGGACUCGCUCCGGUUCAGUGCGACAGACGAUGAGGAGGAAUACUAUAGCAGUGAUGACGGGAUGGGCAUCGAUCAGAUGGACAUUAAUGACGAUGAAGUGGCGGAAGACGAUGUUGAUGUGGAAUGA